AUGCUUUCUACCAUCACAGCUCGGCGUGCGUUGAGGUUACGGCAAACGCCAGCACUCCGUAUUCAGCAAUGCGGGCUACAUUGUGAUGGACGAAGUCGAGUCUCAAAUUUCUGGAUUCCUACUGGUGGUAUCUCCAAGAAAUCGACCGAUGGAUCCACAGAGGAUGCAAAUGAUCUCUUAAUUCGAGCGGGGUUUCUUCGCCAGGCGUAUUCUGGAGUUUUCCAUCUACUCCCACUUGGGUUGCGAGUUCAGGACAAGUUGGAACGUCUUAUUGAUAAGCACAUGCGAUCAUUGGGUGCUUCUAAAGUCUCUUUGUCUUCGAUCUCUUCACAAGAGCUUUGGGAGAAAUCGGGGCGUUUGAACGAGGAUUCUGAAGUCUUCCGGUUUCAAGAUCGAAAAGACACCCGCUUCUUGCUUGCUCCAACUCACGAAGAAGAAAUUACUACACUUGUUGGAGGACUGACCACAUCCUACAAAAAUCUUCCUCUGCGGGUCUAUCAGAUCACAAGAAAGUACCGAGAUGAAGCACGACCACGUCAAGGUCUUCUUCGCGGGCGAGAGUUCAUUAUGAAGGAUCUCUAUACAUUCGAUUAUAGUGUCGCUGAGGCACUGAAAACUUAUCAAGCUGUCAAGGACACCUACAUCAAUCUUUUCAAUGACCUUAAAAUACCUUACUUGGUUGCUGCCGCAGACUCGGGGAAUAUGGGAGGCAACAUGAGCCAUGAAUACCAUUUUAUCAGCUCAAAGGGAGAGGAUCGUGUAGUGAGCUGUUCGCACUGUGAACAUAUCUACAACGAGGAACUGGCAGAUGGAAAGACACACAAAUACGGUGAAACUUCCGUGUCAACUCCUGUCUCCGGCUUUCAAACUGAGGAGCAAUCAAAUGAAGUUGGCCCCCCAACAGUCUCCACUGGCAUGUGGAUGGCCAUCUCACACGACCGCAACACCCUUUUGCGCGGCUGGUAUCCCAAGUUCUCGAUGCAGAAUGGAUCAGCCGAACCCAUUGAACGCCAUGUGAACUCUCACGCUGUGAAGGCUAUUGCUGAUGCCGCAGGGAUUGACCUCGAUCUUAGUGUGGAGAAUCCUUUGGAAAAAUGGGUCGCGCAUGUUCAGUCCCGCUCUUCAGAACAGAAACCACGGGUUUUGGAUCUCUACGACUCACAGGUACGGGUAUACAAGCGUCCACCUUUGAGCGACCUUCUUCAAAAGGCCGACUGCUCUGCUGCUGAUGUCCAAUAUUCGAUGCUUGAUCGUUUUCCCGAUACAAAUAACAAGCUGAGUCUCGUGCGUGUGCAUGACGGAGAUAGUUGUACACAUUGUGCGGACGGACUGUUAACCAGUAACCCUGCUGUGGAGCUUGGACACACCUUCCAUCUUGGUACGAGAUAUAGUGAGGUUCUACAAGCUUCGGUGUCAGUAAACCCAGCGUUACUCGAAAAUGCAUCAGCAUCAGAUGUCAAGUCUGGCAAAGAGCAGAUUGUCCCAAUUCAGAUGGGAUGUCAUGGAAUUGGCGUCUCGCGUAUGGUGUCCGCUGUGGCCAACAGAUUGGUUGACUCCAAGGGCUUGAAUUGGCCUCGAGUCAUCGCACCAUAUGAGGUCAUGAUAAUUCCUGGGAAGGGACUGGACGAUGUCGCUGAGCAGGUUUACGAUUGCCUUUCUUCGCGCACCCCAAAGCCCGUGGAUGCGAUCCUCGAUGACCGCGAUAAGGGCAUGGGGUGGAAGCUAGGAGACGCUGACUUGAUUGGAUAUCCAAUCAUAGUUGUUGCAGGCAAUGGUUGGAAGAAGAACAAGACUCUUGAAGUGCAAUGCCGCCGACUUGGAGUGAAAGAGGACGUAUCUAUGGACGGCCUACCGAAGUUCGUCGAGAGUCUGCUCUCCAAAUUAUAA